CAUACAUUGUCAUGGCACCUCGAUUGACCAAUAUUAUUGAUACUCAUAUUCACUUUUGGCAUCCAGACAAAGUCAAGAUUCCUUGGAUGAAGGGAACACCGUUUGAAACAACCAAGGAUGCAGAAGAAUAUAGUCAACAAGUGCAACGCAUAGGGGUUCAACAAGGAAUCUAUGUGGAAACGGAUGUAGAUGCUCGACAUGGUUUGGUGGAAGCAGCUUGGAUUCGAGAUUAUGUAGAUAAUUAUCGUCCACGACAAGAUGGAAAGAUGGCCAGCGCGUCGUUUGGUGGCAUUACAGGUGUGGUUGCGUUUGCACCCGUGGAUCAAGGGGAACACGUGCGAUCUUAUUUACAAUUGUUACAACGCUUGGUGGGCAAGACACUUUUACGAGGAGUGCGGUACUUGUUACAAGAUGCAACUUUGGAUCCAAGACGCAUGGUAUCUCCAGACUUUGUACAAGGGGUACGUAUCCUAGGUGAAGAAGAAUUCAAGUUGAUGUUUGAAAUGGUGAUUGAUUGUCAUCGUUGCCCUGAACAAUUUCCAGCUUUGAUUGAAUUAGUGUCUUUAUGUCCUGAUGUGUCUUUUGUUUUGGAUCAUAUGGGAAAGCCUCCUUGUCAAAGUAUACCUGGUAGUGUGGAUUUUGAUCGAUGGGCAAGUUGCAUGAAACAAUUGGCACAAUAUCCAAAUGUAGUGAUGUGUAAGGUAUCAGGCCUGAUUACGGAAUUGGAAGGGGGAUCUCCGACGGCAAAACAAUUGGGCCCUUUUGUCCAAGUAGCUAAGGAUGUGUUUGGUAUUGAUCGACUCUGUUUUGGUGGUGAUUGGCCUAUCUGUGAUAGUGGUGGUUCAUGGCAAAUUUGGGUGGAUGUCUUACAAGAAAUUGUUCAAGCAUGGAGUCCUGAGGAACAAAUCAAGUUGUUUAUUACCAAUGCUCAACGGUGUUACCAACUAGUUUAAAUACCCGAACCUUAGUGUAGUAUAUAAAGACGGUAGUACCCCACCUUUUUUUUUUUUUUUAUCUUUUUUUUCCUUUCUUCUUUAUCUCUUUCUUUUUUUUUUUUUUUUAGUUAUUCCAUUUAUAUACCAAUUUGAAAAUAAAGGAUUACAAUGAUAUCAUCUUCAUCUUUAUCUAUUCCAACAUUAAAGGUAUCAAUGAAUGGAUAUAAUUUAUAGAUAAUAUUAAUAUGAUUUUUGAAGAAUCCCACGACAGAUUGGUUACCUACGCCAAAUUCAUCUUACUGUCAUUCUAUUGCAUCUAAAGAUUCCAAAGUCUCAUCCUAUAAUCGACCAACAGGUAAAUAAAUAAAUCAUGAUCUAAUUGAAAAUUGGAUGAUCUCCUCAAAUGUUUUCAUCUC